AUGUUCACAGGACGAUCGAACGCUGAGCCGCUGGUGCCGCCUUCGCCAUCCGCAAGAUCGGACGACAGUAAAUUGAAAUUUGUCCGAAAUCAUGCAGUGGACAAAUGCCUGGAGAAUUGGUACCUCCGGCGCGACCUCUUCCGCCCGUUGCUCUCCGCCGGCCUCGUCCCGGGGAAGGUCCUCGUGCUGGACACCGGUUGCGGCGACGAAGACGAGUGCGUGGCCCGCGUCAACGACACGCUACAGAGCAGCCUCGAAUUCCACACCUUGCUCGCCGAGGUCGAGGCGGGUUUUGAAACCAUGGCCAACGAUGACGGCGACGAGGAUGAUGGUGAGGGCUGUGAUGGCGGUGAUGAGAAGGCGGUUUUGGGAAGGAGCGUGCUACGUGGGCCUGAGCAUUAG